GGACGGGGGACUCUCUUGCCUGAGCUCCCCUCUUGCUUACUAGCGCACCCUGCGGAGGGGGGCUUUGGACCACUAAUUCCCGGUGUCCCGCCAGCCACAUGGUGGAACACUUGGGUGGGAAGUGAAAGUCAAGGAGAAAAGGCGUCGGGACGAGACAGGCCGUUGGAAUCAUGAAUGAGAUGUCCAGCUUCCUGCACAUUGGAGACAUCGUCUCCUUGUAUGCCGAAGGAUCAGUCAAUGGCUUCAUCAGCACUCUGGGACUGGUGGAUGAUCGGUGUGUGGUGGAACCAGCAGCUGGUGAUCUGGAUAAUCCACCCAAGAAGUUUCGAGAUUGUCUCUUCCGAGUAUGUCCUAUGAAUCGCUACUCUGCCCAGAAGCAAUACUGGAAAGCCAAACAAACCAAGCAGGAUAAGGACAAGAUAGCCGAUGUGGUGUUGCUGCAAAAACUUCAGCAUGCAGCUCAGAUGGAACAGAAGCAGAACGAAACUGAGAACAAGAAGGUGCAUGGGGAUGUGGUAAAGUAUGGAAGCGUCAUACAGCUUCUCCACAUGAAGAGUAACAAAUACCUGACAGUGAACAAGCGCCUCCCUGCCCUGCUGGAGAAGAAUGCCAUGAGGGUGACGCUGGAUGCUACAGGCAAUGAAGGCUCCUGGCUAUUCAUCCAACCCUUCUGGAAACUGAGGAGCAAUGGAGAUAAUGUAGUUGUUGGAGACAAAGUGAUCCUGAAUCCUGUGAAUGCUGGGCAGCCACUGCAUGCCAGCAACUAUGAACUUGCUGACAACCCUGGAUGCAAAGAGGUGAAUUCUGUCAAUUGCAAUACCAGCUGGAAGAUCAACUUGUUCAUGCAGUUCCGGGACUACAUGGAGGAAGUGCUUAAAGGGGGAGAUGUGGUCAGAUUAUUCCAUGCAGAGCAGGAAAAAUUUCUCACUUGUGAUGAAUACAAGGGCAAGCUUCAUGUUUUUCUUCGGACAACUUUGCGACAGUCAGCCACAUCGGCCACAAGCUCCAAUGCACUCUGGGAAGUUGAGGUGGUCCAUCAUGAUCCCUGUCGUGGUGGAGCUGGGCACUGGAAUGGCUUAUACCGCUUCAAACACCUUGCCACCGGGAACUAUUUAGCAGCAGAGGAAAACCCCAGUUACAAAGGAGAUACAGGAGAGCCCAAGAGCUCGAAUGGAGCCAGUCGCUCCAGUCGGAGGAACACAGGGGAGAAAAUCAAGUACCGCCUGGUGGCUGUGCCCCAUGGCAAUGACAUUGCUUCCCUCUUUGAACUGGAUCCCACCACACUGCAGAAGACUGACUCCUUCGUCCCCCGGAACUCUUACGUUCGACUGCGUCACCUCUGCACCAAUACCUGGAUUCAAAGUACCAAUGUGCCCAUUGAUGUUGAUGAAGAGAGACCCAUUCGCCUUAUGCUUGGCACAUGCCCCACAAAGGAGGACAAAGAAGCUUUUGCCAUUGUGUCUGUGCCAGUGUCAGAAAUCCGGGACCUAGACUUUGCCAAUGAUGCCAGCUACAUGCUAGCCAGUGUUGUGGAGAAGAUGAAUGAAGGGUUCCUCAGUCAGAAUGACCGGAGGUUUGUGAUCCAACUGCUAGAGGACUUGGUGUUCUUUGUCAGUGAUGUUCAGAAUAAUGGACAGAAUGUUUUGGAUAUUGUUGUUACCAAGCCCAACCGGGAGCGGCAGAAACUCAUGAGAGAGCAGAACAUCCUGAAACAGAUCUUUGGGAUCCUGAAGGCUCCUUUCAAGGACAAGGGUGGGGAAGGCCCAUUGGUACGACUGGAGGAACUGUCUGACCAAAAGAAUGCGCCCUACCAAUACAUGUUCCGGCUGUGCUACAGGGUACUGCGGCACUCUCAGGAGGACUACCGUAAGAACCAGGAACACAUUGCCAAGCAGUUUGGCAUGAUGCAGUCCCAGAUCGGCUAUGAUAUCUUGGCUGAGGAUACCAUAACUGCCCUCUUGCACAACAACCGCAAACUGCUUGAGAAGCACAUCACCAAGACUGAAGUGGAAACCUUUGUGAGCCUUGUGCGAAAGAACCGAGAACCCAGGUUUUUAGACUAUCUGUCGGACUUGUGUGUGUCAAAUCAUGUAGCCAUUCCCGUCACUCAGGAAUUGAUCUGCAAGUGUGUACUGGACCCCAAGAAUACUGAUAUCCUGAUCCAGACUGAGUUGAGGCCUGUGAAAGAGAUGUCUCAGACUCAUGAGUACUUGAGUAUUGAGUUCUCUGAGGAGGAGGUCUGGCUGACCUGGAGCGAUAGGAAUAAUGAUCACCAUGAGAAGAGCAUCCGGCAGCUGGCCCAGGAAGCACGAGCAGGCAAUGCCCAUGAUGAAAAUGUUCUGAGUUAUUAUAGAUACCAGCUGAAGCUGUUUGCUCGCAUGUGCAUGGACCGGCAAUAUUUGGCCAUUAAAGAAAUCUCCAAGCAACUGGGAGUAGAGCUCAUCUUCCUCUGCAUGGCAGAUGAAAUGUUGCCCUUUGACCUCCGGGCUUCUUUCUGCCAUCUCAUGCUGCAUGUACAUGUGGACAGGGACCCGCAGGAGAAAGUGAUGCCCGUGAAGUUUGCACGUCUGUGGACUGAGAUUCCCACAGCCAUCACCAUCAAAGACUAUGACUCCAACCUGAACAGCUCAAGGGAUGACAAAAAGAAUAAGUUUGCCAGCACCAUGGAGUUUGUGGAGGACUAUCUCAACAACGUGGUCAGUGAGGCUGUGCCCUUUGCUAAUGAGGAGAAGAACAAGCUCACUUUUGAGGUUGUCAGUCUUGCCCACAACCUCAUCUACUUUGGCUUCUACAGCUUCAGUGAGCUGCUGCGCCUGACCCGGACUCUUCUAGGCAUCAUUGACUGUGUCCAGAAUCCUCAGCUGAUGAUGCAGACCAUGUACAGUGAUGAUAUGACGGGGAAGAAUGUCCGGAGGUCAAUCCAUGGUGUUGGUCAGAUGAUGUCUACCAUGGUGCUGAGCAGGAAGCAGUCAAUCUUUGGUCCCUCAAAUAUGAAUGCUGUGGUGGUCCCUGAACCAGCAGACAGGGGAAGAAGUAUAGAAAAUGAAAACAUUGUGGUGAUGGAGACCAAACUGAAAAUCCUGGAAAUUUUGCAGUUCAUCCUGAAUGUACGGCUUGAUUACAGGAUCUCCUAUUUGCUCUCUGUCUUCAAAAAAGAAUUUGUGGAAGUCUACCCCAUGCAGGACAGUGGGGCAGAUGGAACAGCUCCAGCCUUUGACUCCACAACUGCAGCAAUGAACCUGGAUCGGAUUGGUGAGCAGGCUGAAGCCAUGUUUGGGGUUGGGAAAACAAGCAGUAUGUUAGAAGUGGACGAUGAAGGCGGACGGAUGUUUCUUCGUGUGCUGAUCCAUUUGACGAUGCACGACUACCCUCCACUUGUCUCAGGCUCCCUGCAGCUCCUCUUCAAACAUUUCAGCCAGAGGCAGGAAGUCCUGCACACCUUUAAGCAGGUCCAACUGCUGAUCUCUGCUCAAGAUGUUGAGAACUACAAAGUGAUCAAGUCAGAGCUGGAUAAGCUGCGCAUGAUGGUGGAGAAGUCGGAGCUCUGGGUGGAAAAGAAGGGCAGCUCCAAAGGGGAAGAUGGACAAGAAGGGGAGAAGAAGGAGAAGAAAGAGCGUACCACAGAUGAGGAACCCGGGACCCCUGGAGAAAAAAGCAGUGAGAACUACCAGCUGGUUAAAGGGAUUCUGGAGAGGCUAAAUAAAAUGUGUGGGGUUGGGGAGCAGAUGCGAAAGAAGCAGCAGCGCUUGCUGAAGAACAUGGAUGCCCACAAAGUGAUGCUGGACCUACUGCAGAUCCCCUAUGAGAAGGGUGACACCAAGAUGCUGGAGAUUCUGAGAUUAACUCACCAGUUCUUACAGAAGUUCUGUGCUGGCAACCAAGAAAAUCAGACUCUUCUGCACAAACAUCUCAACUUGUUCCUCACCCCUGGACUGCUGGAGGCAGAAACGAUGCAACACAUCUUCCUGAACAACUACCAGCUGUGUUCUGAAAUUAGUGAAACGGUGCUGCAGCAUUUCAUCCACUGCCUGGCCACGCAUGGACGCCAUGUGCAGUAUCUUGACUUUCUGCACACCAUCAUCAAGGCUGAGGGCAAGUACAUCAAGAAGUGCCAGGACAUGAUCAUGACUGAGCUGACCAAUGCUGGGGAUGAUGUGGUGGUCUUCUAUAACGAUAAGACCUCCCUAGCCAAUAUGCUGGAGAUGAUGACAGCCGCCCGGGAUGGGGUUGAGGAGAACAGCCCCCUCAUGUACCACAUCUCUCUGGUGGAUCUGUUGGCGGCCUGUGCUGAAGGCAAAAAUGUCUACACUGAGAUCAAGUGCACAUCUCUACUUCCGUUGGAGGAUGUGGUCCGAGUGGUCACUCACGAAGACUGCAUCACUGAGGUGAAGAUUGCUUAUGUGAACUUUGUCAACCAUUGCUACGUGGACACAGAAGUGGAGAUGAAGGAAAUCUACACUAGCAACCACAUCUGGACGCUGUUUGAGAACUUCACCCUUGACAUGGCUAGGGUGUGCAAGAAACGUGAGAAGCGUCUGUCGGAUUCUGCCUUGGAGAAGUAUGUGUUGACUGUAGUGCUGGAUACAAUCAAUGCUUUCUUCAGCUCCCCUUUCUCUGAGAACAGCACCUCCUUGCAGACCCAUCAGACAAUUGUGGUGCAGCUCCUCCAGUCUACCAUGAGGCUCCUGGAGUGUCCUUGGUUGCAGCAGCAGCACAAGAGCUCAGUGGAAGCUUGUAUCCGCACGCUGGCUAUGGUUGCCAAAAGCCGCUCCAUUGUAUUACCCAUGGACCUCGAUGCUCAUGUUAGCUCUCUGCUGAACAGCAGCUCUAUCAGCAAUGCGCAGAGGAAUGCGGCAAGCUACAAGACAGCCUCGCGCACUUUCCCCCGUGUCUCUGCUACAGCCAACCAGUGGGACUACAAGAACAUCAUUGAGAAGCUGCAGGAUAUCAUCAAUGCCCUAGAGGAGCGCUUGCAACCCCUGGUGGAAGCUGAGCUUUCCGUCCUGGUGGAUGUCCUGCACCGUCCAGAGCUACUUUUCAUGGAAGGGACUGAGGCCUUCCAGCGCUGUGAAAGUGGCGGUUUCCUCUCCAAAUUGGUCCAGCACACCAAAGACCUGAUGGAAACUGAGGAGAAGCUGUGCAUUAAGGUGCUGAGGACAUUGCAGCAGAUGCUGAUGAAGAGGAACAAAUAUGGAGACAGGGGCAACACACUGAGGAAAAUGCUUUUGGCUAAUUACUUGCAAGCCAAAAGGUCUGGCACCAAAGGGGAGAUUGUUGACACUUCUGGAAGUGGCCAAGACCAGGACUGGUCCAUCAUUGCUGCUAUUCAGUGCCGGCUGGACAGAGAAGGAGCCACCAAGUUGGUUUCAGACCUGAUCAUGAACACCAAAAAUGAGAAGAUAUUUCAGGAGAGCAUCCGCCUGGCCAUCCGCCUGCUUGAUGGUGGCAACACAGAGAUACAGAAAUCAUUUUAUAACUUGAUGACCAGUGACAAGAAGUGCGAAAAGUUCUUUAAAGUUCUGCAUGACCGGAUGAAGAAGGCUCAGCAGGAGGUCAAGUCCACAGUGACUGUGAACAUGAGUGACAUUGGCAACAAGCCUCGUGAGGACAAAGACUCCCCAGAUCAUAACUCCCCUGACCAUAACAGCAAAGGACGUGUGACAACCUUCAUGCUGCCCAAUGCUCCAUCCCGUUACCCAGUGGAUGUAGGGUUCCGGACCGGCCAUGAUUCCCGAGACCGCAGCCAGAGCAAUGAAAUGGGUGUGUCAGUCUUGAUCAUGGAGCCAAUUCUUCGGUUCCUGCAGCUGCUGUGUGAGAAUCACAACCGGGACCUUCAGAACUUUCUCCGCUGCCAGAACAACAAGACCAACUACAACUUGGUAUGUGAAACCCUGCAGUUCCUGGAUAUCAUGUGUGGUAGCACUACUGGACGGCUGGGCUUGUUAGGCCUCUACAUCAACGAAUACAAUGUGGCCCUCAUCACCCAGACCCUGGAGACCCUGACAGAAUAUUGCCAGGGACCUUGCCAUGAGAACCAGAGCUGCAUUGUGACACACGAGUCGAAUGGCAUUGACAUCAUCACCGCCCUGAUCCUCAAUGACAUCAGCCCCCUCUGCAAAUAUAGAAUGGACCUGGUUCUUCAGCUGAAGGACAAUGCCUCUAAGCUUUUGCUGGCCCUGAUGGAGAGCAGGCAUGACAGUGAGAAUGCUGAGCGGAUUCUCAUCAGCCUUCGGCCUCAGGAACUGGUUGAUGUCAUUAAAAAAGCCUAUCUUCAAGAAGAAGAGUGUGAGAACUCUGAAGUUUCCCCCCGAGAAGUUGGGCACAACAUCUACAUUUUAGCCUUACAGCUCUCUCGGCACAAUAGGCAACUCCAGCAUCUCUUGAAACCUGUAAAAAGGAUCCAGGAAGAGGAGGAGGAGGGGAUAUCCUCCAUGCUCACUCUACACAACAAACAGCUGUCCAAGAUGCUGAAAUCCACAACUCCUGUCCAAGAAGAAGAGGAAGAUCCAUUAGCGUACUAUGAGAAGCACACAUCUCAGAUCGAGAUUGUGCGCCUGGACCGGAGCAUGGAGCAGAUAAUCUUCCCAGUGCCCAGCAUCUGUGAGUUUCUGACCAAAGAGACGCAGUACCGACUGUUCACCACCACAGAGCAAGAUGAGCAGGGCAGCAAAGUCAGCGACUUCUUUGAGCAAUCAUCCUUCCUCCACAAUGAGAUGGAAUGGCAGAAGAAAUUACGCAGCAAUCCACUGAUGUACUGGUUCUCCCGCAGAAUGACACUCUGGGGAAGCAUUUCCUUCAACCUGGCUGUCUUCAUCAACAUCAUCAUUGCUUUCUUUUAUCCUUAUGUUGAGGCAUCCUCUAUGGGGCUAUUGGAUUCCCCACUAAUUCCGCUGCUGUCCUGGUUCUUAAUCUUCCUCUCCAUCAUGGCUCUGUUUACUCGGCGCUACGGUAUCCGGCCACUUCUUGUAGCGUUGAUCCUGCGGUCCAUCUACCACCUGGGCAUUGGCCUCACUUUGAACAUACUUGGAGCUUUCAAUCUGACAAAUAAGAUCGUGUUCGUGGUGAGCUUUGUGGGCAACCGUGGGACCUUCAUCCGAGGCUACAAGGCCAUGAUCAUGGAUGUGGAGUUUCUCUAUCAUGUCGCCUAUAUCCUGACCAGCGUCUUGGGGCUCUUUGUGCACGAACUCUUCUAUAGCAUCUUGCUAUUUGACUUGAUCUACCGGGAGGAGACCUUAUUUAAUGUCAUCAAAAGCGUGACACGCAACGGACGUUCCAUCCUGCUGACCGCCCUCCUGGCCCUCAUCCUCGUCUACCUCUUCUCCAUUGUUGGCUUCCUCUUUCUGAAAGAUGACUUCAUCAUGGAAGUGGAUCCCCUGCCCAACAUCAAAUCCAAAGCCAGUCCUUUGGGAAUGCAAACAAAUAUGGAGCCUUUUAUGGAGUCAUGCAGUAGCGACAAAAUAAACUGCUCUUCUGGUGUUGCCAUGCCUAAAGAAACGGAAGAAGAGGAUGAGGACAAUACAGAGCGUGCCUGCGACACGCUGCUCAUGUGCAUUGUCACAGUCCUGAACCACGGCCUCCGAAAUGGAGGAGGCGUGGGUGACAUUCUCAGGAAACCAUCCAAAGAUGAGUCUUUGUUCCCUGCUCGAGUGAUCUAUGACCUCCUAUUCUUCUUCAUUGUCAUCAUCAUAGUCCUCAACCUCAUCUUUGGUGUCAUCAUAGACACUUUUGCAGAUCUGAGGAGUGAGAAGCAGAAAAAAGAAGAGAUCCUGAAGACAACAUGUUUCAUAUGUGGGCUUGAAAGGGAUAAGUUUGACAACAAGACCGUGUCGUUUGAAGAGCACAUUAAAUUUGAGCACAACAUGUGGAAUUACCUGUACUUCAUAGUGCUGGUGCGAGUGAAGAAUAAGACUGACUAUACCGGGCCUGAGAGCUACGUAGCCCAAAUGAUCAAGAACAAGAAUUUGGACUGGUUCCCUCGGAUGCGAGCCAUGUCACUGGUCAGCAAUGAAGGAGAAGGGGAGCAGAAUGAAAUCCGGUGUCUACAGGAUAAACUGAAUUCCACCAUGAAGUUGGUAUCCCACCUCACAUCACAACUGAAUGAGCUGAAGGAGCAGAUGACAGAGCAAAGGAAGCGAAGACAGCGGAUGGGUUUCGUGGAUGUCCAGAAUACUUUGAACCACUGAGGCAAUACAAUCAACUUCAAGUUAAAACUGCAAUAUAUCUAUCUAUCUAAGUCCUGAAGACUACUUUGGUACUAGGUUCCCCUGCACAGAUUUCAUCAUCAAGGAAAACUGAUCCAUGCUAUGAUGAUUCAUACUGUGGAGUUCCAGCACCCCCUUCUGUCUUUCUCGAUUAGGGUCACUUGCAGAUAUUUUAUUCAACGAGACAGAAUAUGACGACUACUGGGAUGCACUGCUUCAUAGUUUACUAUACAUUCAGAACUUUGUUGCUCCUAAUGAUAACCCAUGUUGUAGGAUGAAUUUCACCAUGCACUACAUUUUGACGGCUACCUAGCCAGGUGCAAAUAGGAUUGAUACUGUUGUAGCACUUAGUUUUUACUAUAUUUUAACUUAUUUUGGGAGAGGUCCAUGGAAAGACAACAUACAUGAAUCUCUACCAGCUUGUCAUCUCAAAUCCUCUGGAGUCACUGUCAUUUUCCUUCAUAUUACGGAUCUUGUUUAACCCAGCAAGGAACUGUGAAGAUGGGUGGCAGAUUCCAUUGUCUGGAAAGGGAAGAGCCUUUUGCCUUCCAUAGAGGGACUUGGUGGACUUUCAUGGGAGAUCAGUUGUUUGUACUGCACUGUAAAAGGGCAAUCUUUUGGUUUUUCUCCAUAGAGGGUAGCAGAUAGUACACCUGGAAUGUAUCCCACUUCUAGGCAACAAAGGAUUAUAGUAUUGAAGUAUUUCAGCUGGCCGAGGCAACGCAUAGCUCACUCUCUGCAGUAGCCUACCAGAAUGGGUACUGAAGGAACUACUGGAAGGGGCAUAAGUGAGGAAGAGGCGGCCAUGGCAGGGGGAAGAGGAAUAUUCCAUAGAAAUGCCAUGUAACAAAAUGAGGCCAGGAUGCUACUAUAACGGUUCUCGGAUGUGAACUUGAAAUUUCUGGGACAGGAUAUCAUGCCACUUCCUCCCUAGGCAUUUUGACUCUUGUCCACCUUAAGUGGCGCAGCGGGGAAAUGCUUGAUUAACAAGCAGAAAAUUGCCAGUUUGAAUCCCCGCUGGUACUAUAUUGGGCAGCAGUGAUAUAGGAAGAUGCUGAUAGGCAUCAUCUCAUACUGCAUGGGAGGCAAUGGUAAACCCCUCCUGUAUUCUACCAAAAGAAAACCACAGGGCUCUGUGGGUGCCAGGAGUCGAAAUUGACUUGAUGGCACAUUUUACCUUUUACCAACUGUAGAGCAUGAACAAAAUCCACUGUUCUUAGCUGGUGUGCUCUGUUUUUCCAAAACAAAUGUUUCUGAGGUCCAGUUGAGGGCAGACUUAAAAGUUAGUGUAUCCAGCCUGGAGGUGAGCAGGAAUGGAUAGUUUUUUUGCUUGAGCCAGCAGGAGCCUUUCAUGCUUUCACCUUCUGGCCAGAACAGGUUAUGCCUCGAGUAUACAGAUUGCUGACUGAAGAAAGAAAAGAUUUCAUUAUGGGUCCAGCUUUGCCAUUUUUCUCUCUCUGGUAUGUUUUACAAAUAUUGUUUAAAUUUUAAUGCGAGAAUUUCCUGAACUCAACACAAAAUGCAAUGUAAUAAAAUGAAAGGGAGGUCAGAGAGCCUGUCCUUGAAACAGUGCUAUAAACACUGGCUUGCCAGAAAAUUCAUAGGA